GAGAAGGCACUUCACCAGUUAUACUACGACCCCAACAUUGAGAACAAGAACCUGGCUCAGAAAUGGCUGAUGCAAGCUCAAGUCUCACCCCAAGCCUGGCACUUCAGCUGGCUGCUACUUGACAUGGACAAGGUGCCUGAGAUUCAGUACUUUGGGGCCAGUGCCCUCCAUAUCAAGAUCUCACGCUACUGGAAUGACAUCCCAGCUGACCAGUAUGAGACCCUCAAGUCACAGCUGUUUAGUCACAUAACCCGUUUUGCUAGUGGCUCCAAGAUUGUGCUGACUCGGCUGUGUGUGGCACUGGCUUCAUUGGCACUCAACAUGAUGCCAGAGGCAUGGCCGUGUGCUGUCGCUGACAUGGUGCGAAUGUUUCAGUCAGAGGACUCCAACAUAGAUGGGCGAGCUCGCUGCUUGGCUCUCCUGGAACUGCUGACCGUCUUGCCAGAGGAGUUCCAAACCAGCCGCCUGCCUCAGUACCGCAAGGGACAAGUGCGUGGUGUCUUGGCUCAGGAGUGCAGUUCUGUCUUCCCCCUACUAGACCAGCUGCUGCAGCAGCAAGACUCUCCUAGUUUCAUUAAACAGAAGGUACUGAAGUGCUUCUCCAGCUGGGUGCAGCUGGAAAUACCCCUGAUGGAGUGUGAGAACUUAAUCCAGGCAGCCUUUACCUCCCUGCGUGAUCCAGAACUCUUUGACACAGCAGUGGAAGCCAUUGUCAAUGCAAUUUCCCAGCCUGAUGCUCAGAGGUAUGUGAAUACUCUUCUAAAGCUCAUCCCACCUGUACUAGGGCUCCAGGAACAGCUACGCCAAGCAGUUCAGAGCAGGGAUAUGGAGACGUCGCAUGGGAUCUGCCGUAUUGCUGUGGCCCUGGGAGAGAACCAUUCCCGAGCCCUCCUGGACCAGGUGGACCACUGGCAGAGUUUCCUGGCACUUGUCAACAUGAUAAUGUUCUGCACUGGGAUUCCAGGACACUAUCCUGUAAAUGAGACCACCAGCUCUCUUACACUUACCUUCUGGUACACACUGCAGGAUGACAUCCUCUCCUUUGAUCCAGAAAAACAGGCCAUGUAUCAGCAGGUAUAUCGGCCUGUCUACUUCCAGCUGGUAGAUGUGCUUCUGCACAAGGCUCAGUUUCCUUCUGAUGAAGAAUACAGUUGCUGGUCCUCUGAUGAAAAGGAGCAAUUUCGGAUAUACCGAGUGGACAUCUCUGACACUUUGAUGUAUGUGUAUGAAAUGCUUGGAGCAGAGCUGCUGAGCAGCUUAUAUGACAAGCUGGGGCGUCUCCUAACGAACACAGAGCAGCCGACGUCAUGGCAGCAUACAGAAGCUUUGCUUUAUGGGUUCCAGUCCAUUGCAGAGACUAUAGAUGUAAACUACUCAGACGUGGUUCCUGGCCUUAUUGGGCUCAUCCCCCACAUCAGCAUCAGCAAUGUGCAGCUUGCAGAUACUGUUAUGUUCACUAUUGGGGCCCUCUCGGAGUGGCUGGCUGACCACCCAGUCAUGAUCAACAAUGUGCUGCCCCUGGUGCUGCAGGCUCUGGGCAAUCCUGAGUUGUCCAUCUCCAGCGUCUCCACCCUUAAGAAGAUCUGCCGUGAAUGCAAGUACGACUUGCCUCCCUAUGCUGCAAACAUUGUUGCUGUCUCCCAGGAUGUGCUAAUGAAGCAGAUUCAUAAGACAAGCCAGUGUAUGUGGCUGAUGCAAGCUUUGGGCUUCUUGCUAUCUGCCCUACAAGUGGAGGAGAUCUUGAAGAACCUGCACUCGCUUAUUACUCCUUACAUCCAGCAGCUGGAGAAGUUGGCUGAUGAGAUGCCCAACCCCUCCAACAAGCUGGCCAUCAUCCACAUCCUUGGUCUUCUGUCCAACCUCUUUACCACGUUGGACAUCAGCCAUCAUGAUGAUGAUCACGAGAGCACAGAGGUCAAGAAGCUGCCAGUGCCUCAGGGCCCCAAUCCGGUAGUGGUGGUGCUUCAGCAAGUCUUCCAGCUUAUCCAGAAAGUGCUCAGCAAGUGGCUGAAUGAUGCACAGGUUGUGGAGUCUGUGUGCUCCAUCUUUGAGAAGUCUGUGAAGACCCUGCUGGAUGACUUUGCCCCCAUGGUGCCUCAACUGUGUGAAAUGCUGGGUCAGAUGUACAGCACCAUUCCUCAAGCAUCUGCAAUAGAUCUCACAAAGCAGCUGGUUCACAUCUUUGCCCAUGAGCCCGCCCACUUCCCACCCAUUAAGGCACUCUUUCUGCUCGUCACAUCAGUCACACUAACACUCUUUCAGCAAGGGCCCAGGGAUCAUCCUGAUAUUGUUGAUUCAUUUAUGCAACUCCUGGCACAGGCACUCAAACGGAAACCUGACUUGUUCCUGUGUAGCAGCCUGGAUGUCAAGGCAGUGUUCCACUGUGGUGUGAUCUCCUUGAAAUUUCCUGAAGCACCAACUGUCAAAUCUGCCUGUGGCUUUUUCACUGAGCUGUUACCCCGCUGUGGGGAGAUCCCACCUGUGGGUCAGGUGGUCCAUGAGAAUGGCAAAAUGCUGCUGCAGGCUGUGCUUGAGGGUGUAGGUGGCCAAGCCUCACGCAAUUUGAUGGAUCAGUUGGCUGAGAUCCUCUUUGCCCUCAACAAGCAUUGUUUCAGUUACUUGAGCAUCUGGAUCAAGGAAGUGAUGCAUCAGGAUGGUUUCCCAUCGGUCCGUGUCACCCCUGAGCAGAAGGAAAUCUUCAGUCAGCAAAUUCUUAGCAGAGAGCGUGUAAACAAGCGACGUGUGAAAGAUAUGGUGAAGGAGUUCACACUGCUGUGUCGGGGACUGCAUGGCACUGAGUACACAGCAGAGUACUGAGGACCCCUGCACCAAGAAACUGGAGCAUGGACACUUCUGCUGGCCACUCGCCACUGCCCUACGCUGCUACUGAACCAGUUCUUAGGACAACAACCUGACAGCUAACCCACUGAGGCUGCUCCACUCAAGAACGGGCUGUUUCUUAACCCCCACCGCAUGUUCAGCAGCAGCAGGCUACAAGGACUUGGAGCGCAGGCUCAAGCUGAAGCUGGCCCCCC